UCACGCAGAGCGUACGUGACGCAGAGGGUUCAAACACAUGUUAUAAACGUAACCGGCUUUUUCUAAGCUUGGUCUUCAUCGCCGCACCACGUCGCAGCUGUCCAGAAACAAGUACCGUCAUCCUCCGGAUUUCUAUAGAAACAGCUGUCUUUAAUUUAUCCCUGGUUUCACCCUCUUCGGGAUCUGUCAGUGGCAGAUGACGGUAGUUAGCACCGCUAGCAUAGCUGGUGAACUUCCAUCAUCAUCUCUGCUUAGUGACUGGGGUUCAACUUUAACCAGCUUUUGCGGGAGGCGCCUUGAUAGGAAAAGCUGACCGUACCGUCAGACUCUGGCACUGGAGCUUAACUUCAAAAUAAAUAAGACACCAGUUUGCUCAUAGCAGUGUGCUAGCCGUUAAAACGGUUCCAGUUGAGCAGCCAGGCUCACUUCCUUGUGCCGUGUUCGAGGUCAUUCUGCAGCCCCGUCGAAAGCAGCUGCUCCCGGGACACAAAGCAUGAAGAGUCUCCCGUACUUCUGCCGAGGAGAGGUCAUUCGAGGAUUUGGAAGAGGAAGCAAAGAACUCGGAAUUCCCACGGCCAACUUCCCGGAUUCGGUGGUGGACAAUCUUCCAGCAGAUAUCAGCACAGGAAUCUAUUACGGCUGGGCUUGUGUCGGGAAUGGUAACGUUUACAAAAUGGUGAUGAGCAUCGGCUGGAAUCCUUACUACAAAAACACAAAAAAGUCCAUGGAGACGCACGUCAUUCACAAAUUCAAAGAAGACUUUUAUGGACAGACUCUGAGUGUCGUUCUGGUGGGGUACAUCCGCUCAGAGAAGAGCUUCCCCUCACUUGAGGAUCUCAUAGCGGCCAUCAACAGUGACAUUGAGGAGGCCAAGGUUAAGCUGGAGCUCCCAGAGCACAGCAAGCUGAAGGAAGACAACUUCUUCACCAGCACAACCAACUCUUCUCUGGUCUCUUCCUCAUCUGCUGCGUCCACGUCUCAGAGCAUCAUCAACGGUCACUGACAGCUGGCAGAGACGGCAGCGCUUUGUCCUCGGAGCACGAUUCUGCUCACACGUACAGCCUUAUUAUAAAAUCUGUUGGCUGUCACAUAAACAGUCAACCUCUUGUUUCUUUUCACGUGGUUUUGUGUUAGAACACUAUUUUCUGACGUCUGUUGUUUUACCGCACACAGCCUGAACUGUAUAUAUAUUCUUGUAUUAUUAUCUGGUUCUUCUGUAUAUUUUUGAAUCUUUUAGAAGCGAGGACAGAUAAAAAUCACUGCUCAGAUGUUUUUUAUUUUGUUUGGGUUUUUUUUCCACUUAGUGUAAACAAUGAUUUAAAUGAUGCAUAAACGCAAAGAAAGAUAACUCAUUAUCUUUCUUUGACAUACCCAA